UGUUUUGUACAUACGACAGUGUUGUAGUCUGGUCAGCGUCCGUUUUUCUUUGCUGGCCCAUUGGUUCAGGCGUUAUCAGCGUGCUUUACUCAUCACAGCCAGCAGGGGGCGCCAAAGUCCAGUCCGACAUGAUGUACCCCUCACAGCCAGCAGGGGGAGCCAGACGUCAGUCAGACACGCUUUACCCAUCACAGCCAGUGAGUGGCGCCAAAGUCCAGUCAGACAUGAUUGACCCGUCCCAGCCAGCAGGAGGCGCCAGAGUCCAGUCAAACAUGAUUUACCCAUCAAAGCCAGCAGGGGCGCGAGAGUCCAGUGAGAGACAUUAUAGCGUGCUUUACCAAUCACAGCCGUUAGAGGGCGUCAGUGUCCAGUCAGACACAUUGUAUCGGCAGAGAUCAGAUGGAGCGGAGUGUGGCUGACUCCCGAGCAUCACACACGGGCUGCUGGCGGACGGGGCCAACUAAACUUGAUUCUCCCGCAAGAAAGCAGUCAAGUGCACACGGAAAGCCAAAAACUCUAGGGAAAUUAUCUCCGGACUUGUUUUUGCGUCAUUGGAUUUAAUUGUAGGCGAAUAGGCCUUUUUAUUUCCUGGAAUUCGCGAUUGUUUUCAGUUACUGCCGGACUAUGAAUGAAACAAAAGCGUCUUAUCCCGUCUAAGGACGCCAAGUACGGUAAAGCCCUGUUUGGUCUCCUAACGUGAUAUCUUGUUGGAAAUUGGGUAAAGACGUUUUUUUUUCAUGAGCUCGAAAACGAAUUUGACGUGUGGGAAAACGGAGGGAAGUGAUCAUAGUUACCUGAAGGAAGCUUGACUUUAUCAUCAGACUGAAACUUCAGUGUCGAAAUGACUACGAUGCUUAGUGCAGCUAUGCACUGGUCUUAAUGGUUGUCCAUAGGCAACAAUCAAAAUGCGCUGUGUGUUCUCUUGAACUUGAUCUUACUUUUGGAUUGGAGGGGGGUUAUGAGCGCAUCUCUCAUGCGAUUUAGUCCCGUUAAGACAAGCCAUCUCGGGCUCCAUCCUCUCUCACAAUGACUCAAGGAGCAACCCUUGUGUUUGACUGGCUAUCGACCCUAAAGCUGUCUCAAUAUGUGGAGGCGUUUGUGGAUAAUGGAUAUGACGACUUGGAAGUUUGCAAGCAAAUUGGGGAGCCGGACCUCGAUGCCAUCGGUGUCCGCGUAGAGUACCACAGACACAGACUGCUGAGCGCCGUGGCGAGGCUGAGAGAGGCAGACCACAGGAAGUCACCUGGACACUAUUUCACCCUGGAGCCGCUUAACCCAGAUGGCUGCAAUCGUCCCUCUCUCCUUCAGCCGCAGAAGGAGAGGGACCUGUGGGGAACCUGCAGGGAGGGCACCGGGACCGCGGCCUUCAGGCACCAAGCCUCCUGCCCGGGCAACCACAACCCCAGGUUCACCGAUUGUAAUGACUUCGUUACUUAUCCCAAAUUGAAGCUCAAGAUAUUGAUCAGGGAUAAACUGGCCAAAGAGGGGAUCAACUUGAGCAAAGCACCUUAUACACACAAGGCUACAAAACGGGGGAUGGCUGUAUCCCCACAUCUUUAUCUCAUGGUCAUAUGAUACAACAAUGAAGACCAUAAAAGAAGAUAUUGGAUGACUACCUCAGUCCUAGGCGGUCAUGGGGGUACUCCUUCUUAAAGCCUAACCCCUGGAAACAAUGACAUCCAUAAUACUCCUUUCCACUACAAGCAAUAAAACGAUUCA